AGAGAUCCCAGCGCGCACAACUAGGGGAGCCGCCGCCGCCAGCGACCGCCGCCGCCCGCUUCCGCCGCCAGGACCGGCCCCGCAGCCACGCCGCGCACACCCCGGCCGGCGGCGAGGGCAAGCCCGGGGACUCCGCCCGCGCUCCCCACACUGUGCCCCGAGCCCCGCAUGUGACCCGGCCAGGUUGCCGGGAGUGUGCCCCCCGCCUCUCCAGCCCCGCGCUGCCCCGUCCGCCCCAGCAGCCGCGCUCCAGCCCGCCCGCCCGACUGGGAUGGCCGCAGCCAAGGCCGAGAUGCAGCUGAUGUCCCCGCUGCAGAUCUCGGACCCGUUCGGCUCCUUUCCCCACUCGCCCGCCAUGGACAACUACCCAAAGCUGGAGGAGAUGAUGAUGCUGAGCAACGGGGCUCCCCAGUUCCUCGGAGCCGCCGGGGCGCCCGAGGGCAGCGGUGGCAACAGCGGCGGCAGCAGCAGCAGCAGCGGCGGAGGCGGCGGGGGCAGCAGCAGCAGCAGCAGCAACAGCAGCAGCGCUUUCAACCCGCAAGGAGAGGCGGGCGACCAGCCCUACGAGCACUUGACCCCAGAGUCUUUUCCUGACAUGUCCCUGAAUAACGAGAAGGUUCUGGUGGAGACAAGUUAUUCCAGCCACACCACCCGGCUGCCCCCCAUCACCUACACGGGCCGCUUCUCCCUGGAGCCUGCACCCAACAGUGGCAACACCUUGUGGCCCGAGCCCCUCUUCAGCCUGGUUAGCGGCCUCGUGAGCAUGAGCAACCCACCGGCCACCUCCUCCUCGGCACCAUCUCCGGCAGCCUCUUCCUCCUCCUCCUCCUCCUCGGCCUCCCAGAGCCCACCCCUGAGCUGCGCGGUGCAGUCCAACGACAGCAGCCCCAUUUACUCGGCCGCACCCACCUACCCCACAGGACCGAACACUGACAUCUUCCCUGAGCCUCAAGGCCAGGCCUUUCCAGGCCCGGCAGGCACUGCGCUCCAGUACCCGCCGCCGCCUGCCUACCCUGCCGCCAAGGGCAGCUUCCAGGUCCCCAUGAUUCCAGACUAUCUGUUUCCACAACAGCAGGGGGACCUGGGCCUGGGCACCCCAGACCAGAAGCCCUUCCAGGGCCUGGAGGGCCGUCCUCAGCAGCCUUCCCUCACUCCCCUCUCCACCAUCAAGGCCUUUGCCACCCAGUCGGGCUCUCAGGACCUCAAGGCCCUCAACACCUCUUACCAGUCCCAGCUCAUCAAACCCAGCCGCAUGCGCAAGUACCCCAACCGGCCCAGCAAGACGCCCCCCCACGAGCGCCCCUACGCCUGUCCGGUGGAGUCCUGCGACCGCCGCUUCUCCCGCUCCGAUGAGCUCACCCGCCACAUUCGCAUCCACACCGGCCAGAAGCCCUUCCAGUGCCGCAUCUGCAUGCGCAACUUCAGCCGCAGCGACCACCUCACCACGCACAUCCGCACCCACACAGGCGAGAAGCCCUUCGCCUGUGACAUCUGUGGGAGAAAGUUCGCCAGGAGCGAUGAGCGCAAGAGGCAUACCAAGAUCCACCUGCGGCAGAAGGACAAGAAAGCAGACAAAGGGGUGGCCUCCUCGGCCACCCCCUCCCUCUCUUCCUAUUCAUCACCGGCGGCUACCUCCUAUACCUCCCCGGUCACUACCUCUUACCCGUCCCCGGCCACCACCUCCUACCCAUCCCCCGUGCCCACCUCCUACUCCUCCCCUGGCUCUUCCACCUACCCCUCCCCUGUGCACAGCGGUUUCCCCUCGCCCUCCGUGGCCACCACGUACUCCUCUGUCCCCCCUGCUUUCGCGGCCCAAGUCAGCAGCUUCCCGUCCUCGGCAGUCACCAACUCCUUCAGCACCUCCACAGGGCUUUCGGACAUGACAACCACCUUUUCUCCCAGGACAAUUGAAAUUUGCUAAAGGAAAAGGGAAAAAAAGGGAAAAGGGAGGAAAAGAAACACAAGAGACUUAAAGGACAGGAGUAGGAGAUACGUCAGAUGGAGGUUCUCAGAGCCAAUCCUUCUCUAACUUGACCCCCUGGGGUCAGCGUGGAAAUUCUGUUGGCCAACAAUCCUUUCUGCCCUCACCCCCUUCCUCAUCAACUCCCUUUGACUUCAGCUGCCUGAAAACAGCCAUGUCCAAGUUCUUCACCUCUAUCCAAAGAACUUGAUUUGCAUGGAUUUUGGAUAUAUCAUUUCAGUAUCAUCUCCGCCAUAGGCCUGACCCCCCGUCCCUCCAAUGCUAGAAAAUCAAGUUGGCAAAAUGGGGUUCGGGCCCCUCAGAGCCCAGCCCUGUACCCUUGUACAGUGUCUGUGCUAUGGAUUUUGUUUUUCUUGGGGUACUCUUGAUGUGAAGAUAAUUUGCAUAUUCUAUUGUAUUAUUUGGAGCUGGGCCUCACUUGGGGGGUGGGGGGGGAGAAAAACCAAGCAAACCAACAAUGGUGAUCCUUUAUUUUGUGAUGAUGCUGUGAUGAUUAAGUUUGAAGCUUUUUUUGAAACAGCAGUCCUUGGUAUUAAUCAGAGCAUGUGUCAGAGUGAUGUUCCGUUAACCUUUUUGUAAAUAUUGCCUGACUGUACUCUCACAUGUGGCAAAAUAUGGUUUGGUUUUUCUUUUUUUUUUGAAAGUGGUUUUCUUCGUCCCUUCGGUUUAAAAGUUUCACGUCUUGGUGCCUUUUGUGUGAUACGCCUUGCUGACAGUUUGACCUGUGCCAGUUUAAGGGACGCGCUCACCUCUAGCCUUAAGGGGGGCAGGGAGUGAUGAUUGGGGGAAAGCUUUGGAAGCAAAACAAGGAAGAGGGCUGAGCUGAGCUUCGGUUCUCCAGAAUGUAA